AUGGAGAAAAAGUACCCCACUAUUGCAGGAAGGGAAAAAGGCCCAGGUCCUGGGCGCUAUGGGCUUCCUUCCACCAUUGGAUUUAUUGGCCAUGACUUCACUAAGCCAACCAGCCCUGCUUAUUCUUUUCAUGGCAGGAUGAGUGACAACAUGUAUUAUGUUGACUCCAGCCCUGGCCCUCAGUACCAUGUUGAUGCAAAAUUGACUCGUUUUGGAAGAGAUGGCACUCCUGCAUACUCAAUGUUGGGCAGAAUGAAAGCUCAGAAAGAGAUCCUACAGACUCCAGGUCCAGGUGCGUACAGUCCUGAGAAAGCCCCUCCAUGUAACCUUCAACGCAGACCUCCAUCCUACACUAUGAGCGCCCGUACCCACUACAGGAGCAUCGACACAGUACCAGCUCCUAACAAGUACUCUCUCCCUCCACUCAUGGGCCCUCAGGUCCCAAACAAACCAGCCAGUGCAAGCUACACCAUGUCAGCUAAUUACAGCACAGGGGGACCAUCUGUGGAUUUAGCCAAGACACCAGGGCCCUGCAGAUACAACAGCACGGACCCAAAUGUUUAUCUCACCCGGCAGCCAGCGUUUUCCAUGCUGGGGCGUCACAACUUACCCAAAGAUACUGUGAAGAAGCCAGGUCCUGGGACUUACAGUCCAGAGAAAGUGAUUGUUCACAAAGCUCGAGCACCAGCAUACUCCCUGGGCAUCAGACACUCUGAAUUUAUCACUCCACUAGUGGUCAAUGUCUCUGAGUGA